UAUCAAGGCACUUUAUUGUAAACAUAAAUAUUACAUCGUAGGGGAAAUGUGGUGGAGAAUGAAUAGCUUACAGUGGUGCAGACGUGCCCACAUGCUUUAAUCAAGCUGAGAUUUUCAGCUUCACCCUGCCAGCUACAACAUGUAAAUGCUGCUCACCCUGGCCAAUAAGCUGGUGGGCUCCUUUAACCCCUUUUUACAAAGUAAUUACACACUGAUGUACAAUCUAGAAAUGUUAGAUAUAAAAUAUCACUAACAGGGGUAAUUUUUCUGCAGAGUGCAGUUCAUACUUUUAUGUUUGAUACUCAGAGUACAUUUAACAGAUAAUACUGCUGUACUUUUAUCUUUAAGAGAUUUUCCAUGCAGGAUUUUUCUAGUGAGUACUAAAUCUGAGUACGUCUUACACCACUGUUCCAUUGGACUUUUAUCUGUGUUGCGUAUUCUUUUGUAUUUUGGUAUUACUACUCAAGGAUCUGAAUUAUUCUUCCACGUCUUCUUACGCCCUGACAUUACAGCUUGAAUUGUGCAGGUCAUUGUGGGCAGACAGGCUGUUGGUCCCAUCAGCCAAUAUGAGGCCGAACCAUCACAGUUGACAUCCAAUCAGCUGAGGGCUGAUGGGAUUGGGAUGUGCAACCGAAGUGUUUUUCCUCUCUCAUCCUUGGAUACCUUGAGCAGGCUGAUAUAGAUCUGCGUUAUUAGCGUGGGGACUGUUCCUGUCGUCUUCCCAUCGGUGAUGGAAAACACCCGCUGCUUUGCAAACCGCUUCUCUGACUACAAAGGUGCGCUGCUCCCGGCCCAGGGCGUUGAGGCCAUCGUGCCCGCCGUGGUCGCCACCGUCGAUAAAAUCCUGAAAAAGCUCCCCACUGACAUCAGCGACUGCGACGGAGGGUUGUACGAUGGGCCGGCCGGGGUGGCUUACAUGCUCUACCACGUCAGCGAGUGUCCGCUGUUCUCCGAGCACCGGGACGUCUACCUGAAGACGGCCAAGCAGAUCAUCGACGUGUCGGUCAGAUACGUGGAUGCGGAGCCGGAUAAAAACAUGCGUGCCGCCUUCCUGCUCGGUGGUGCGGGCAUCUACGCGGUGGCCGCGAUGAUAUACAAAUCCCUGGGCUUGGCUGAUUUCGUUAAGCCGCUCACCAAAUUUCGUAACCUGUGGGAGGUGUGUGCGCCCAUCAAUUUUCUGGAGUGCGGCUCGGAUGAGCUGUUUGUGGGGCGGGCUGGGUACCUGUGUGCCGCUCUGGUCCUCAAGCAGAAGCUGGGCAUAGAGAUUCUGAGCAAGGAUCAGAUUAAGUCUAUUUGCCAGGCCAUCAUCGAGUCAGGAAAACUGUACGCAAGGAGGAAGAGAAAGCCCUUUCCCCUCAUGUACUCAUAUUAUGGGACAGAGUAUCUUGGUGCAGCCCACGGCCUUUCAUCAGUGCUGCAGAUGCUGCUGAGCUACCAGGACAUGCUCAGCGGGGCAGAGAAGGACCUGGUGUGGCAAAGCGUUGAUUUCCUCAUGAACCAGGAGCAGAACUGUAACUGGCCCGCAGAGCUGGGUGCCAUCAUCGAGAGAGAGAACGAACUCGUGCACUGGUGCCAUGGAGCCCCGGGUGUGGCGUAUCUUUUUGCAAAAGCCUACCUGAUCAAUAAGAAGCCCCAGUAUCUGGACACGUGCAUCCGCAGCGGGGAGCUUGUGUGGCAGAAAGGCUUACUGAAGAAAGGACCGGGGAUUUGCCAUGGAGUUGCAGGCAGUGCUUACGUCUUCCUCCUGCUGUAUCGGCUCACGGGAAACUCAAAAUACAUCUAUCGUGCUCAGAGGUUUGCUGAGUUCCUCUUCACUGAGGAGUUUAAGGCCGGUUCACGCUCAGUGACCAGUGUCUACAGUCUGUUUGAAGGUCUAUCUGGGACAGUUUGCUUCCUGGUCGACCUCCUCCAGCCGGACCAAUCAGAGUUCCCUCUGUUCAGUGUCUUUGUGUGAAUGGAAACCUGCCAUUCAAUGACCUGAACAGACAUCACUCCUUCCCUCGGAAAUCCCUUGAGAGCUGGAUUGGUAGAAACUUUAGAGCCAGGACUGAUACUGUGAUCAGAGUGGAGGGAUGGAUGGUAUUUGUUUGGGGGUUUAGAAAAUUACAUUUGAGUACAGUUGCAGUAGAAAAUGGUCUUGUUUUGUGUCUGUACUAAACUGAAUAUUCAGCUUCCAGGCUUUACCAGAUUCAUACCACUUACUGUUAAAUUGUCCAUUUCGAUUUACACUGUAGUCAGUUGCACUAAAGCAGAGGUUUUCAAACUGUGAGGCUUGCCUCCCCCAGGGGAUGCAGAGAGUUGAUGGGGAGGCAUAUGAGAUGCAAUCAAAAAGUUCCAAGACUGCACCUACAAUAAGCAAAAACCAUACCUGGUUUAAAUUUGGCCAUCUACAUCAAAGUAGUCACCUUGUGCAGGGAUACACUGCUCCCAGCACUCCAGUCAAAUACCAUCUGCAAUGCACACUGGAUCUCCCCCACUGUGUCAAAACACUGUUCCACAAUUCAGCUUGAAAUUGAAGCCUGAGGGGUGGGGAGCGACUGAUUGUGUUAGUGCUGCAAACAACGGCUCCAUCGUGUUGUUGUAAUUGUGUGACAGACUGACCCUGGGGGACAAGUCCACAGCACACAACUUCUCAAAUGUUGAAAAAAGUGAUGAACAUCCUCCUACCCUGAUGCAUCCUCUUCAGUCUUGGAGACUGCAGGGUCUUCUACCGCUAAGCCUUCUGUUUGGUCUCUGGGUCUCAGCUAUAGACCUGACUCUUCUCACUGCUGAAGACCCUCAACAUGACGUGCGCAACAGGAACAGUCUAAGCUUUUAAAUUGCACCUCAUAGAGGGAGAGACAUGAAGCAAAGAUACGUGAUAAGUGUGAGGUGAAUUUGAGUCAAAAGUUGUACUUCUUCACUGAGUGAUAACCCAAUCAAAUCUAAGUCCAUGGAUACAAACAUGUAAACAAAUCCAGGCUAAAAAAAAAAAAGCGUCUCAAUUUUGUCUGGUGGGUGGGCCACGCUUUCAGACUUUGAAAACCCCUGCACUAAAGUAUUGGGAGCUUUGAAACGUGGUACUGCUCGUAGGGUGAUUUGCAGCACAUUCUACGAAGAAGCUGUUCUCAGGUCAGAAACGCAUGCACCAUUAACAGCUAAAAUAAAUGGCAAUCACACCCCAAGUCACACAAAAGCAAAAGAGAAAAACAAGUGUCACAUAAUGCCUUUAAAAUUUUCUACCACUUCACCAGCUCAGCGUCACAUUUCGCAGACCUUUGAGUUUAUGUCUUUAGGGUACAUAAUUUUGCAAAUUAUUGUUGUCGCAGCCUUUAAUGAUAAAUACAACAGAGGGAUUUUGAUACUGAAACUGCGUGGACAGGUAAAGUGUAAACAGAUGCUGUGGGGAAAUAACUGUAGUUUAUUGUCAUAAUAAUAGUCUCACUUUGUUUGCGCUGUGCAGUGUCACUGACUCAUCUGUUUGAACUGAGGUUGUAGCUGUGUGCCAGCUGUUUAUAUCUAUUUGAUGUUACAAAUUAUGUUAGCUACUGUACGGGGUGUUUGAAAUGUUCAAUAUGUUGUGAUUUGUUACAACUUUUACUCUGUGUGGAAAAAGAACUGAGUGUGUUAGAUUGUAGGUUUGUGAUGAAGACUGAGAACAAAAGAGUAAAAUGUAGUCAGUCAGCAUUUCAUUUUUCUUCCAAUUCAGUCAGUUCAAGAUGCUACUUUUAGCAACUCAGUUAUGUAAAUUACAGUCAAUGGAAGAUUUCUUUACAUAAAUGUGACAAUGAGGCCUUAAGAACAAAUUUCUAUCAUGUGGACAUGAUCACGUCUCUCAGAGUAAAAAGGAUUGACAAUUUUGGAAACUGAAAAUGCUUUGGGCAGUGUUUCUGACAUGUGGCAAGUUGGUAACAAGGCCUGUGAAUUAUAGUAAACCAAAGCAGUUUCCCAAUGCUAACUGUGCCUGUUGUGGAACAUUUCUAAUCUGUAUAUGUGUGUGUGCUGUUUUUGCAUUUGCAGUCUGAGCUGUUCACAACAAAAUCUACAGGAUUAUUGUUAUUAAUAAAGUGUCCAGAUGGAAAAAAAAACAAGGUGGGUGUUUUAUUUAAGU